GCUUCCGUGUUUCCACUCGGACAUAAUAACACUGAGGACACCACCGGACUGGAAGCUGAGACGGGACCGGGCUUCAGCACCAAUAAUCGGUUAGUGGACUCUGGUGGACCGAGGGGGGACCGGCGGCUCGCCGAGGACAUGGAGCCGGCUCACAGAGCUCUGCUCCGGGAGCACCGCCUAGAACUGUCCGGGCUGCUCCUGGUCAGCGACACCAUCGUUCCGUUCCUGUACCAGGAGGACAUCUUGACGGAGGCGCAGGUGGAGGACAUCGAGUCUCAGCCCACAGAGACACGCAGGACUCUGAAGCUCCUGGACAUCCUCCCGAGCCGAGGGCCCCGGGCCUUCCCCGCCUUCCUGCGCUCCCUCAAGGACUUCGACUGGGUCCGAGAGAAGCUGCUGCUGGAGCUCCAGAGUCCACCUGGACCCGGAACCACAGAUGUCCCGGUCCCGGUCCCGGUCCCAGACCCAGUCCUCCAGGUGGUCCCUUCGGACCGGCAGCUGUCCCGGCUGGCGUCCCAUCUGGGUCCUGAGUGGGAGUGGGUCCUGAUGGACCUGGGUCUGUCCCCUGAGGCCGUGUUUCGCUGCCGGGCCGACCACAGUCUGAGCGUGGGGGGGGCGGCUCUGGCCGGUCUGGUCCAGUGGAGGAGGUCCAGAGGGAAGGAGGCCACGGCCCAGAGGCUCCUGGAGAGUCUGAGGGCGGGGGGCGUCCAUCCGUCCGUCCUGGAGGACGCCCUCAGGACGCCGUGACCUCUUCUCCAACCGCAGGACGACGAGACGUGAGACUCAGAGACUCAGAGACUCAGAGACAAAAGACUGAACUAAAGUUUGAUCUGAGACGUCUUCACACGCUGGACUGAACUCAGUCUUUUUAUUUCCUCAGUCUUUUUAUUUCCUCAGAAACAGUUUCCAGACAAACUGAAGACUUUUAUUUUGAAAACUACUUCUACUUUUAUUUUGACAGGUUGCACAGUUCACUCUUUGAUUUCUUUUAUUUUUUUUGCAGUUUUAAUCUCAGUUUUAUUGUAAAACUGUAGAAACUUUUAUUUGCUGAUUAUGAUCUUUUUUCCUCCCGUCACUCGUUCUCUAGUGAUGCAUUUAGACUUUUUACAGUUUAAAUCUGACACUAAAUAAAAAUAGUCCAUUUUAUUUCUGA